AUGGCUGUUGGUGCAAAGACAGAUCAUGUCGACGUUCUCAUUGUUGGAGCCGGACCGGCCGGUCUUAUGAUGGCAACAUGGCUUGCCAAAUGCGGCAUCAAAACACGCAUCGUUGACAAGAGAGGAACCAAGAUCUUCAAUGGUCAAGCCGACGGCCUUCAAUGCCGAACACUUGAGAUCUUCGACUCAUUCGGCUUUGCGCACCGAGCUUGGAUUGAAUCUAACCACGUGCUCGAAAUCUCCCUUUGGAACCCUGAUGAAAAGGGUGUUCUUCGUCGAAGCUCAAGGAUUGCCGACACGAUUCCUGGCAUCAGUCGCUUUCAACAGGUUGUUCUUCACCAAGGUCGCAUUGAGAGAUUCUUCCUCGACGCUAUCAACGACUUCAGCCAGGGACAAGUCUCAGUAGAGCGAGGUGUCUUGCCGACGAGCCUGGAGAUUGAUACAAAUGUUGUUGAAGACCCAGAUGCAUACCCGAUCACUAUUAACCUUCGGCAUCUCAGUGAAGAAGAGGCUCAACCAAAACAGACAUCGACAUCUGCCAAUGGGACUACUGUCCAGGACGGCCUGUUUCGCAGCAACCUUUCUCCAGACGAUACAGCCGAUAUGCUCAAAGCAGCUGAACUCAACGAAAAGGCAGACACGGUCGAGGUAGUAAAGGCGAAGUACAUGCUUGGUGCAGACGGUGCUCACUCGUGGGUCCGAAAGGAGCUCGGUUUCAAGCUUGAGGGAGAGUCAACGGAUUACAUCUGGGGUGUUCUUGACAUCGUUCCCAUCACCGAUUUCCCUGAUAUCCGACAACGCUGUGCGAUUCAUUCGGCGAGUUCGGGGAGUGUCAUGGUGAUCCCGAGAGAGAACAAGCUCGUCAGACUGUAUAUCCAGCUCACUACAACAGCAAAGAUUGGAGAACAGGACUCAAGGGCUGAUCGGUCAUGGAUCACGCCUGAUAUCGGACAACGCGUCGGAUCUAAUUUCUCGGCUUACGACCGGGUGUUCCUCGCUGGCGAUGCUGUUCACACUCACAGCCCCAAGGCUGGUCAGGGUAUGAAUGUUAGCAUGCAAGAUUCUUUCAACCUCGGCUGGAAAGUCGCCAAUGUUGUCAAGGGCCUUUCAAGUCGAUCGAUUCUCAAGACUUACGAGACUGAGAGAAAGGGCAUUGCUAAAGCUCUUAUCGAUUUUGACCACAAGUUCUCUCGUCUCUUUUCUGGUCGCCCGGCCAAGGAUAUCAUGGACGAGGAGGGGAUCAGCAUGGAUGAGUUUCGUGAAGCCUUUGAGAAGGGCAACUUGUUCGCCAGUGGAAUUGCUGUGGACUAUGGUCAAAGCGACAUUGUUGCCAAAACUACUGUUGAUGACUCUGACCUGAAAGACAUCGCUGCCAAGAGGCAGGGUUUGGCCCCAGAGAUCAAGCUCGGCAUGCGUAUACCCAGCGUCAAGGUUCUCAACCAGUCUGAUGCUAGACCUUGGCACCUGCAAGAGCUUCUCCGAAGCAACGGAUCAUGGAGACUCCUUGUCUUCCCCGGAGAUAUCGAUCUCGACAGCCAGAACAAACGAAUGAGGUCGUUGUGCGACAAGCUGUCAGCUGAGUCCUCAUUCCUCAAGCGCUUCACGCCACCUUCGGCUCGAUAUGAUUCCGUGAUCGAAGUGAUCACAGUGCACGCCUCGAAACGCCAGGACCACGAUGUCUUUGACUUCCCAGAGGUUCUCCGCCCGUAUCAUGAGGUUGAUGGUUGGGAUUACAACAAGAUCUUUGUUGAUGAUGAGUCUUACCACGAGGGGCAUGGUAAGCUAUACGAGACGUUUGGCAUCAAGCCUGAGGAGGGUUGUGUGGCUAUCUUGCGGCCUGAUCAGUACGUGUCGUACGUGGGCGAGCUCGAUGAUUAUGAUUCGCUUGAUGGCUUUUUCUCCGAGUUCAUGAUUAAGCAAGAGGCUGUACGAAGUAUGUUUUAUUGA